AUGGAGGUUUCGGCAUUCGUGAUUAUCAGUUCUAUCCUUCUGGUUAUUGAAACCCUUGUUGGACUGGUAGCAAAUGGAUUUAUUGCCCUCAUGAAUUACAUCGACUGGUUCAGAAGCAGGAAACUAUCCCCAAAUGACCAGAUCUUGACCUGUCUUGCUUUGUCCAGACUUAUGUGGCUGGCAGCCGUGAUUCUGAAUAUAACUGCGCAUUACUAUUCUAUGGACAAGCAUAAUUGUCAUUAUGUAUAUCUAAUGCUUCCCAUCUUGUGGAUAUUUACAAACACUUCCUCCACUUUGUUUGCCACCUGUCUCAGUGUUUUCUACUUGACAAAGAUCGCCACCUUCUCCCACCCUGUUUUCCUCCAAGUGAAGCUAAGGUUUUCGGGACUAGUGCCAUGGUUGCUUCCGAGCUCGGUUCUCCUCUCUGCUUUUACGGCUAUUUUUUUAGUCACAGGCUUGAGCAAUGGCUUCUCUAUGUGUGAUUCCAACAAAUCACUUUUGAACAUCACUGAUUCAGGAAUUAAAUUGCCUGACUUAUAUAUGUACAUAGAUAUUCUAGCUACUGUCCCAAAUCUCAUUCCUUUAAUGAUAUUUUUGUCAUCGUCCAUCUUGUUACUGACCUCUCUGUGGAUGCACAGAAGACGGAUGCAACGCAAUGGAACUGGCAUCCAGGAUCUCAACACUCAAGUUCACUUGACUGCCAUCAAAGCUCUGGCUUCCUUCGCUGUUCUGUACCUGUCUAGUUUUCUAGCAGUCAUUGCUCAGGCAGUACUGAUCUGGAAUGAUAUGAGCGGCACUUGGCUUUUUAUGCUGCUUAGUAACGUAACUGUUUCUUCUCCCUCUGGGCAUGCCGUUAUCCUGAUAUUACUUAAUCCCACACUAAAACAGGCAUGGAUCAGGAUGCUGCUUCACUUAAAAUGCUGCUCGAGUGAAGUGCCUUCUUAA